CGCAGAGGGCCAAACUUCCUCGUGCUGUCGCACUGAAGAGAUUCUCGGGCUGCAAGUCAAAAGAGGCGCGCCGGUGAGGCGGAGCCUGCAAAAGUUGGAAGUUCUGUGGAUUCUGAGGGCGCCCAGGCAAGUUUUGAUCUCCACUCUAGAGGCGGUCACCAUGGCAACUGGACAGAAGUUAAUGAGAGCUAUUAGAGUUUUUGAAUUUGGUGGACCAGAAGUGCUGAAGCUGCAGUCGGAUGUUGUAGUACCAGUUCCAAAAGAACACCAGGUUCUAAUCAAAGUCCACGCAUGUGGUGUAAACCCAGUGGAGACAUAUAUUCGCUCUGGUACUCAUUCCCUAAAGCCAGUCUUACCCUAUACACCUGGCACUGAUGUGGCUGGGGUAAUAGAGGCCAUUGGAGAUAAUGUAACUGCUUUCAAGAAAGGUGACAGGGUCUUCAGUUCCAGCACAAUCUCAGGGGCGUAUGCAGAGUAUGCUCUCUCAGCGGAUCACACUAUUUACCCACUGCCUGGGAAUCUGGACUUCAAACAAGGUGCUGCCAUUGGGAUCCCAUACUUUACUGCUUUUCGAGCUCUGAUCCACAGUGCCCGUGUGAAAGCUGGAGAGAGUGUUCUGGUUCAUGGGGCUAGUGGAGGAGUUGGAUUAGCAACAUGCCAAAUUGCUAGAGCUUAUGGCUUAAAGGUUUUGGGCACAGCUGGUACUGAGGAGGGACAAAAGAUUGUUUUGCAAAAUGGAGCCCAUGAAGUAUUUAAUCACAGAGAAGUUAAUUAUAUUGACAAAAUUAAGAAAUCUGUUGGUGAAAAGGGGAUUGAUGUGAUUAUUGAAAUGUUAGCUAAUGUAAAUCUGAGUAAUGAUUUGAAUCUUCUGUCAUUUGGAGGAAGAGUAAUAGUUGUUGGCAGCAGAGGCCCUAUUGAAAUAAACCCACGGGCCACCAUGAUGAAAGAGUCUCGUAUAGUUGGAGUCACUCUCUUUGCAUCAACCAAGGAGGAGUUUCAGCAAUUUGCAGCAGCCCUUCAAGCAGGAAUGGAAAUUGGUUGGCUAAAUCCUGUGAUAGGGUCUCAGUAUCCUUUGGAGAAGGCGGCCCAGGCUCAUGAGGAUAUCAUUCGUGGUAACAGGCCUGCUGGAAAAAUGGUUCUUGUCUUGUGAGGAUUCAUUCUUCUAUUGUCUUCCUGUGCAGUUAGGAGGCGUUCUGUCCUCUAGACUUAACCUACAGUUCCUUUAAUUAACAUUUAAUUGAUUCAGUGAAUUUCUUAUAUUAAAAAACAAGAUUUUUUUUUUCUUUAGAGAACAGAGAAAAUGGAGGAAAACAUUUUGUAGCUUGCAAUAUUUUAUAUGCCUUCUCUAUCAAAUUAAGGGGUCAUCAUAGUAGGAAACAGCAUGUUGGUGGUCAUUUGGCAUUGGGUUGGUUUCAGAAUUUCUUGAUUGAUUAUACAACAUGAUUAAAAUGUGCAAAUUUAGAAUAAGACUUUUGAUUUCCAAGCCUACUUAUUUUUAAAUGUCAACAUUUCACUAAUCUUCUCUGAUUAACCCAUAGCUGUGAUGGACCUGAAACUCUCUAGACUAACUUUUUCAUAACUAAUCUCAUUUAAACCCAUAAUCUUUUGGAAGGGAAAAAAAUACAUAAUACCUAGAGAAAUUUUUUUAGUUUUCCCCAAAUUACUAAAUUAUGCAUUACAUUCCUAAUUCAUUACCACUGGCACAUUUUUAGUCUAUAAUGGUAGGUACAGAGUCACCAAGGUAUUUCUUGAUUGAUUAGGUUUUUAGAGUAGACUUAGAGUUACUGAUUUUUGUGAUAUGGGUUACAUAUUGUUAUUUAAAUUAAUAUGUGCACUAAUUUGAUACUAAGAAUUGUCUGCUUUUGUUUUUAAAAACCUGUAAUAAAUCCUAUGGAAAAUUA